UUCUGGCGAGGAUCAUGCCGCAUCCCACCUACGUGAUCCUGGGCUCCGGCGGCCACACCGCCGAGAUGUGCCGUCUCGCCCGGGCGCUGCUCCAGCCGGCGGACAACCAGCGGGCGGAGGAAUACCACCCUGUGCGCCUAAUCCUCGCCAGCAGCGAUUCCACAUCGGAGCGGCAGUUCAGGGAGGCCCUGCCGGAGGUGGCUUCGCGGGCGGAGUGCAUCCGCGUGCCCCGCAGCCGCAGCGUUGGCCAAUCCUGGCUGAGCACCCUGUUCACCGCCCUGUGGUCGCUCCUCUUCAGUUGCUACCUCGUUUGGCGCGACCGCCCGCAGUUGAUCCUGUGCAAUGGACCCGGCACCUGUGUGCCCUUCUGCUAUGCCGCCUGGAUGUGGCGCCUCCUGGGCCGCCUGCCCGCCCACUCGAGGAUUGUUUUCGUGGAGAGCUUCUGUCGCGUGGAGACGCUUUCGCUGAGUGGAAGGCUGCUCCUGCCGCUGGCCGAUCUCUUCGUGGUCCACUGGCCGCAGCUGGCGGAGCGCUAUGAGGAGAGGCGGAAUCUACGCUAUUUCGGUCGCAUUUUGUAACAUUAUUUAAUCAGUUAGAAAACAAAGAAUGAUAAAUU